AUGUCUGAUUCCAGUUUCGAAGAAUCUAUUCAAGAAGCAGCUUUAAACUAUUUUUCUAAUCAAGAUGCUGCCUCAAAUCUUGAUGAUUUAUCCAGCUCCAACAUUGAAAGGUAUUGCUAACUUAGCGAUCUUCUUCAAGAUCAACUAAUAAGAAUUCAUUCUCAAUUAGUUUCAUAUAAAAACCAGGAAGAAUCGUUCACAAACAACAUCAAAAAGCUGCAAAAAGAACUUAUGCAGCUUAAUCAGCAAAUUUCGAAUUCAAUUCACGAAAGAGACGAAGCACUUAAACUGAAAUCAGAUGAGCUUUCGAGAAUAAAGGAAUCCGAACAGUACCAAAAGCUUCAAGACGAGAAAGUUGGCAUAGAAAACCAAAUAGUUAGAUAUAAAAUUGGUCAAGCAAACGUAAAAACUGAAAUGGAAGAAGUAAAAGACCAAAUCCUUGGAAUGCAAAAUUUCAUCAAAUUAAGAGAUAACGAAAUUAAAAACCUCAACAGAGAAUAUGAAAAAAUCAGCAGAGAAAGAGACGCGCUUCUACAAAAAUUCAAUGGGCAGGCAUCACAUGAGAUAAGAAAAGCAAAAACUGAUGUUUCAAGGAGGUCUGAUAGCUCGCGUGAUGGGUACUCAAUGAAAAAAGACAUCAAGCCUUUCCCAAACAGUUCUUUUAGCUUCAAUAUUGGAUUCAAUUCUUCAUCGCGUCGAGGAACAGCAUCUCUUAAUUCAUCAGCGAUAAACAGUGACGGGACUUCUAGAAACUCUAAUCGGUCACUUAAUUCAUCAGCUUUGGACUCUAACGUGUAUUAA